UAAACUUCUCACAACCUUUUAUCUCGUUGUUUCCCAUGAUAAAAAGCUUAAGCCUCUUGUACCCAAAAUUCUCAUAUUCAUAUUCACAUAGUGAUUAAAAAGAGGAAUAAGAAAAAUGUUGAGGUCAUUCACAAGAAACUUCAAACUCAUUGUAGAAAAUGGUUCCAACUCCAAGCCAGUUAUCUCUACUCUCCUAUAUUCAACGUCUUCUUCAAGAAGGUUAGAAGGGAAAGUAGCGGUCAUAACAGGCGGAGCAAGCGGUCUAGGGAAGGCCACGGCGGAGGAAUUUGUAAAUCAUGGUGCUCAAGCCAUUAUUGUAGAUAUAGACGAGGAGGCUGGUCGUAUGGUCACUACCGAACUUGGCUCAGCGGCACAUUUCAUUAAAUGCGAUGUCACUGAGGAGGAACAAGUCGCUAGAGCCUUCGAAACCGUCAUGGCUCGCCAUGGGAAGCUUGACGUACUGCUCAAUAGCGCAGGAAUAUCGUGCUCCAUAUCACCACCAAGCAUAGCCGACCUAGACAUGGACAUUUACGACCAAGUGAUGCGUCUCAACGUACGAGGAACCGUCUUAGGGAUAAAGCAUGCGGCUCGAGCCAUGAUCCCCGCUGGCUCGGGCUCCAUCCUUUGCCUCUCUAGCAUCAGCGGCUUGAUGGGCGGUUUGGGCCCAUAUGCAUACUCAAUGUCUAAAUUCACAAUACCGGGUGUGGUCAAAACAGUUGCUGGUGAGCUGUGCAAGCAUGGCUUAAGGAUUAACUGUAUAUCACCUGCGAGCAUCCCAACGCCUCUGACGCUAAGGAUGUUUCGAGAAGCGUUGGCUGGUCACAACAUUCCGGAGGAACAUCUUAUGGCGAUUGUGAACGCGACGGGAGACUUAAAGGGAGAAAAGUGUGAAGAGAGAGACGUGGCUAAAGCGGCUUUGUAUUUGGCAUCUGAUGAUGCUAAGUUUGUGACGGGGCAUAACCUUGUUGUUGACGGUGGAUUUACUUGUUUCAAGUCUCUUAAUCUCCCUUUCCCUUAAUGUUCGGUCUAAUUGAAGUAUUUUAUUUGUAUUCCAAUAUUGUUAAUUAACAGUGGUUAAGAAUAAUUAUCGCUAAGAUAUGGUUGGGUAUUAUGGAGUUGCUUCUCUUUGAAGUUUGUAUCUAUUUCUAGAUUGUCAAGUAUAUACUUUUUUCAAAUGUAAAACCAUACUCUAUCAGUUUUCUUUUAAGUGUCUACUAGGUGUUAUACCCGCAUAUGCGGGCAUAGUGUUCUUAUAAAUACUUAUUUAUUUAUAACUAUUAAAUCAAAACUAAUAUAAUAAAUUAUUAAUUAUGUUUUUAAAACAGAUAAUUCAAACACUAAAAUUUAUAUUUUAUAAUAAAAAUAAAUAUUUUCAGAUAAAAACACAACAUAUUUAAGAAUUAUCUUAUG